CGCGACGGGCGGGGCCAGGAAGUUUGUUCCCGAGUUCGGAGCCCAGGAGUCCCCGUGGCCGUCGCUCAGGUGCCCUCCGCCGGGUCGGGAUGGAGCUGCCUGCCGUGAACUUGAAGGUUAUUCUCCUGGUUCACUGGCUGUUGACAACCUGGGGCUGCUUGGCGUUCUCAGGCUCCUAUGCGUGGGGAAACUUCACUAUCCUGGCCCUGGGUGUGUGGGCUGUGGCACAGCGGGACUCUGUUGAUGCCAUUGGCAUGUUUCUUGGUGGCUUGGUUGCCACCAUCUUCCUGGACAUUAUCUACAUUAGCAUCUUCUACUCAAGCGUUGCUGUUGGGGACACUGGCCGCUUCAGUGCCGGCAUGGCCAUCUUCAGCUUGCUGCUGAAGCCCUUCUCCUGCUGCCUCGUCUACCACAUGCACCGGGAGCGAGGGGGUGAGCUUCCGCUCCGCCCCGAUUUCUUCGGACCUUCUCAGGAACAUAGUGCCUACCAGACAAUUGACUCGUCAGACUCACCUGCAGACCCCUUUGCAAGCCUGGAGAACAAGGGCCAGGCUGCCCCCCGGGGGUACUGAAGCUGUCCCUGGCCGUCCUGGGGCCCAGCAGGAUGCUUGUUACCUUCUUUACUGGACCUACAAUGGGGUAUCCUCCAUUCCCUGCCACAGAGGUGGCCUGAGUCAUGUGCCCUCGGAGGUCCCAGCUGAGAAGAGCCCAGUCCUAAUUCUCCAUGCUGCCCCUCCAUUCAAGACACCUGUUAACCCCUGGGCUA